AUGAGGCACAGUAUGCCCCCUCCUUUGAUGGCCCAGAGGGCUGUCCCACCAAAUGUGAGAGGGCCCCCACCUCGUGGACCCACAGGGCAAGGUCCCAGAGGGUCUUUAUUGGGUCAACCACCUGGAGGUUUUAUGAGGGGACCAUUUGAUCCAAGGAAUGUGAUGAACAAUACAAGACCGCCUUUUGGAGGACCUCUGGGCAAUGCUCCCAUGUUGCCAAAUAUGCAGGUUUUUCUUUUUAUCACUUUGUCCUAAGCUCAUUUUUUUGUACUGGUCAUUCCGACUCAAUCAAAUGAAAUAACCAAUAUUAAUUAACAGUAAUUAUGAUGAUAACAUACAUGUAUUAUUUAUUUCAUUUAAAAGUGAUCAGAAACCCUUUAGAAUUUGUCAUGCUCCCAACUUGUGGCUUCAUUCAAAGCUUAGCUGGUGAUAGUACCCAACUACUUUCUUGCAGGCAUGGGUAUGAAUCACAUCAAAGCCUGAAUUUUUUCAGCUUCCUUUGUCUGUAAAUUGUACCAGUUAAAGCCCACCUGCAGGAACCAUUUCUUUACUUAACUCUUUACCUCCUAAGAGUGACGAACAUCCUAUUUCUCCUCACAAUAUCACCCUUGAAUCAAACAUUGUGGUCACGAGAAUAGAGGAAAUGAUCAUCAACUGCGGCAGAUCUUGAUUGUUAUACAAAUUCUCUUUGUCAGCACCUUGGGAAAUGUAUAGAGAACAGUAUGGAGAAUAUGCAUACUGAUGUUAAGGGUCAAGGGUUAAUCACGGAGUUAAAAUAUAAGUAAUUAAACAUGAGACACACAGGGAAGGGUUCAGAGGGUUAAAUUUAGCCCUUGAAUUAUACAAAAGAACUCUGUUACAUAAAAUGUAAGGAGACUGGGAGAUAAUGUUGCACUGUUGGAGCAGCAUCACUGUGUUUGACGUGGUGUGAUUUGUUGGUUUCAUUUACCUUGAUGUCUGAAAAUUUGUCUUGUGAUCAAUAAUUUUAGUCAAGGCCCAUGAUGCCGAAUCAAAUGCCGCCAAUGAUGCCAAAUCAGCAGCAAAUGCCGAUACAGAUGGCUCAGCAGCAGCAGCUAUCUCAAGGCAAAGAUCCACCUAUGAUUGAUACCAAUGGUGACAUGUGGUUAGAACACAAGACUUCAGAAGGAAAAGUGUAUUAUUACAAUGCAAGAACCAGAGAGUCUGCUUGGGAGAAACCCAAAAACCUUGUUACUCCACCUGCGCAAAAUCAGCAGCCUGCCCAAUCUGGACAGCAGACAUUGCAGCCAGUUCAAGUAAGUUACCUCUGUUGAUUGAAAGUCGUGAUUGCCCUUCUCUAAGUUUCAAUGACCUGUUUUUGUUGUGUAUUCAAUGUCACUUUAAUCUCAAGAUCAAAUUGGUUAUUAUCCUUACUGACUCCUGUACACAUCAUCAUUUAUUAGAUAAGAAAAUUUGGUUUUUUAUUGGGAUCAAACCCUCCAACUGAUAAGUUUGUCUGCCAUCUUGUGCUGACUGCAAGAAAACAUUUUGAAAUUGUAGGAAGAUAUUACAUAUCAACUACUUGUGAAAGUUAAAUAGUUAGCUGAAUUGAUUUAGAAAGGAUAUACAAUUCUUAGGUUGUAGGUCUUUUGAGUUGGUAUUACACCAGUCCAUGCAGAUGAUAAAGGGUGAUGUGCUUUUGAUUUGUCUUUAACUACACUUAUCCGUGAAGUUUGUUUUGUUAACUUUAAUUGCCCUUCCCAACUUUAGGGACAAAACAUUCCUCCUGAAGGGCAACAGCAACAAACACCAGCUGCAGAGCAGGAAGCAAAGCCAGGAGAUACAGUUAAUACGCAGCAGAAUCAACAACAAGUGGGAACUCAGAAUGGUGCACAGCAGGUAGCAGGCAGCACUAAUGUAACAGCAGAUAAACUACCACCACAAAAGUAAGUAGACAUGUACAAGUGUAUGUAUGGUCUCCAUACUGUUCUCUAUACACAUCCUAAGGUGCUGACGAGGCAAAUUUGUUUAAUAACCCAGAGCUCCUUAAAAUUGGUGAUCAUUUCUGUUAUUCUCAUGUCUUCAAUGUAUGAUAUGAGGGUGAUGUUUUAAGGAGAAAUUAGAUGCUAUCAUUGCAAGGGGUCAAAGGGUUAAAAGUAAUAACAAGAACAUCCUCUGCAAUGUACAAAAUAAAUGUUAUUAAAAAACUCUUUGUUUUUUUGUGGCUAUAAUUCGAGAAUUAUAGAUCGAGUUUUCAGUAGAAAUUGUUGAGUUUUAAUACUGAACGACAGGUGGUGAUAGUGUAUAUGAAGUUGUAACUGGUUCUUCUUAUGCAUCAGUGUCAUAGUGUUAUGUCAUGAAGUUUGUUCCACAGCCAUACUCUCAAGUAUUUGAACACUGAUUACUAUCUGUGUGAAAUUUGUGAAUCAGCUUGCGUACAUUGUGAAAGCUUCCGUUUUUUUUUUCAGUGUCCAAUAAGAAGGUCUAGUUUGAACUCCAAAUUCUUGUCCCAAGUUUUUUUGCCUGGCAUUUAGGAAAUACUAAAUGUGUGACAUGUUUGAUUCUUAGAGGUUUAACUUCCUUCUUGUGACAUUAUUUUGUUAACAGCAAUCCUAGUAUGCCAUCACCUGGUCCUUUCCCAUCAAGUAUGCCACCUCCGCGACUGCCUCCCCCAGGAAUGAUUCCAGGUAUGAUGCCACCACGCCUUCCGCCAACAGGUAUGCCUCCCCCAGGUAUGCCUCCUCCAGGGCUACCCAUGCCACCAAUGGGAAUGCCACUGCCUCCUAGGAGUGAUUGGUCUGAGCAUCGUGCAGGAGAUGGAAGGGUGUACUACUAUAACUCCAAGACUCUACAGUCUACCUGGGAGAGACCAAAGGAAAUGGACCAGCCACUACCUCCAAUGCCAGGGAUGCUUCCACCAGGUAACUGAGUAUAAUUAUAUAUUAAGUACAAUAUUUCAAAACAUUUGACCAGAUCCCUUUCAGGUGUAGCUGACCACUAGAAGCCUUAGGGUUUUGAUCCUACAAGUUGGGUCUGUAUCACAGCUCUGAGAGACAUUGUUCAAAGUCUGUUUUAUUUGACAUAUAAUGACUGGUAAAAUAAAUGAAAAAAGAAAUGAAAUGGUUCUUAGAUGUAGGGGGGGGGGGGGCAAAAGGUACAGUAUAUACCUCUGGGUGUUAAUGAGAAAAGUUUCAAAAGAAACUGACUGAUACUGCAUCAGUGGGGGAUGGUACAGGAUAAUUUGGUGUUGUCCACUGAAUUGAUAAUGUAAGUUGGUUACUCUAAAGAAUUCUAAAGCUGACAUUACAAGUGUUAGCCCUAUGUGAGAGCAAAUGGAGGAAUUAUUGAACAAAACCAUGGGGAUUAAGAGUGCUAAUUUGAAAGAUAAAUUUUUGUUCUUAAAUGCAUGUUAACUAGAUUAAGGAUAUAGAUCACUUUGCUCUUCUUGAAAUGAAGGGUUUUGCAGUCAUCGACAAAGGCCUACACCUGUAAAUGUACUUGUAAAAGUGAGAGGCUCUCAGUCAUUUGAAUGUUUGAAGUAUGCUACAUCCUUUAUGCUCUAAUAUCAGUAUGUUGCUCUCUUCACAGUUUCUUUGGUACUAACAAGGAUAUUUUUUUAACAAUUCAAGAGAGCUUCUUUAGUUGGCAAACAUUUUCCUUAUUCUUAAGACUGUAAAGUUUGAUUCAGUUUUGAUGUUGUAAGGAAAUUACUUUUCGUCAUGUCUAGGUAUGCCUCCCCCAGGAAUGAUCCCACCUGGAAUUUUUCCUGGGCUUAUUCGACCAGGGAUCCAACAAAAGCCUCCCCCUGUAGGAGGUACAGGAGUCAUGUCAGAUUCAUCCUCUCAGAGUAAUGCUGGGGAUAAGGAAAAGUCCAAGGAAGGUGAAGCAAAUGAGGAAAACAAUGAAGAGAGCAAGACAGUGAAAGGUACCUCAAUUAAAAUCUUUUCCAUUUUCAUUUAAGUCUUGAAGCCUUACUGCUAGAUAGCAAAAUUGUACAUGUGCUAUUGAAGCAAAUAUCCAAGUUUCCACAGCACAAAGAAACAAGGUGUAUUACUGCUCCUCCCUUGGAUGGGAUGUAAGUCUGUAGCAGGUUAACUUACCUGCUGCAAUUCAUGCAGUCUUUCCAACAAAUUGCUCAUACUUGUUUAUUUUGAAAUUCCUGGGUACAUUUCUUGUAGUUAUGACAUGCAAUUAUCAGUAAAUGCUGCAAUUUAAUUUCUGCUCUUUUUUUGUUGAGGUAGAUACCCCCUUCUUUCCUAUUCAAGAUCUUAAAAAGACCAUUGACAUGAGACUCUUAGUUCAGCAGUGGGGAGGCAGGAAGGGGGUUGCAGAGUGGGAACGCAUGGAGUGAUUAUUUACUUGUGAAAAUGUUAACGCACUCCACAGGUUUUAGCUAGGAUUAUACCCAGGCAGCCAUGCUUCUAACAUUAUGCAUAGAUAACUUGUCUAUGAAUUGGAUUUAUUGAUAAUUUCUAUAUUGUUCCAUUAAAAAGAUGAAGAAAAAGAAAAUGAUGAAGCUAAGAAGGAUGAGGGCCAGGAAGAUGAUGGUGACAAGAGCAAACCUGUUGCCAGUCAACUAAUUCCAGGAACAAGCUGGUGUGUGGUAUGGACUGGAGAUGAAAAGAUGUUCUUUUUCAAUCCUACAACGCGACUAUCCAUAUGGGAGAAACCAGAAGAGCUGGAGGACAAUGAUAAAGUUGAUGAUAUUGUCAGCAAGGGACCUCCUAAAAGGCAACCGUCAACUGAAUUGAGUAUGGGAUACUACCACAAAUUUUACUGACAUUUCAUUUUGAUUUUCAUCAAUUUAAAAUUUGAUAUUGAGUGUUUGUGUUUUGAUUUGCCCACAAUUAGAGAGAGAGAACAAGAAUCCAACAGAUGAAGAUACAGAUGAAGUCCCUCCAGCCAAAAAACAAAGGUUCACAAAUUCUCUUCUUUAAAAGAAUCUUUAAGAACAGAUUAUCUAAAUAGUUUAAACCAAUGACAUGUUACGUUAAUAAGAGGUUCCAUUUUGCACAGUGAAUAGAAAUGGUAAUGCUUUCAAGACACUUAACACCCUAACAUCAUUAUGUAUUUUCUCUGUGCCCAUCUCCCUACAUUUCGUAUACUGCUGACAAGGAGAAUUUGUUUAACAAUCCAACCUUCUUUUGGUGAUCAUUUCCUUUAUUCUCAUGACCUUACUGGGCAGUCUAGGGGUGAUAUUUUUAAGGAGAAAUUAUAUGCUACUGUAGUCACUCUUAGGGGUCUAAGGGAUAAGAAAAUCAGACAAAUACAACAAAUGCUGAGCAUUUUUGGUGUUAAUAUUAGGACUGCAAGCCAAAGUGAGGAAGUACUUGAUGAACCAAUGACAGAAGAGGAACUCAAGGAAGAUGUGCCACAAUCGAAGCCCUAUGAAGAACAGGCUCCGCCAGCUGAAGAGCCUGUAGCUGUAGUCCAAACAACCAAAAAUGUGCCUGCACAGGAGAAGAAAAAGAUGCUUUCACUUGAGGAGAGAAUGAAAGAAUUCAGAGAAAUGAUGUUAGAGAGAGGGGUAGGUAUACAGUAAAUUUUGUCAUUGUAAAGUACAGUGACAUAACAAACAAUUUUGAUGCAAUCCUUGUACUCCAAAGAUGAUGUCAACCAUAUGCUGAUAAUAUUUCAUAUUCUCAUUACAUACAUUGCUGAGUGGUGUAUGGCUAUUAAGGGAAGAAAUCCCUUGUUAAUGUUCUCUUUCAUACCCAAGACCUCAUAAGUCACUCAACUUACUAUCUGUUACACAAUUCUGAGAAUGUUACAUGUAGUUCAGAGAAUUUGGCAUUGAUCCCCAAAUUAUUAUUUACUGUAAAAACCCACAGAUAAGCCACACCUUUUUUCCAAAAAUCGUUGCUAGAAAUUGGGGGUGCAGCUUAUAUGCGGGAACAUUUGAAAAAGGUGUCGUGAAUGUUGCAUCCGAUCUAAUACCUGGUUACUAAGCUUCAAAUGUUCCACUCAUGUUCUUGCUGUAAUGCAAAAGUCUAUGGAAAAACUGUGUUGAAUGAAGAAAUUCCUGUCAACAAAUACCAGAAAAAGAUAAAUCAUUUGUCAAAGUUGGUAGAAACAAUGUUCAUUAUAUUAAAGUGCUAAAAUUGUGGGUAAGACUUUGAAGUAUUUUCUGUUGCAAUGUUAACAGUGAGUUUACGUUCAAAGCACAGUGGAUGAAGAAGACUUGUCAAGACUCGACCUUGGAUUUCUUUUGAUUUCUUUCAAAAAACAUUUUUUCCAAAAUUUGAGCUGCUAAAUUCAGGGUGUGGCUUAUGUGCAGGUUUUUAUGGUAUCUCUAUUCACAUCAUUUGUUUGCUUGAUAUUGUAUUGAUAUUGUAACAAGAAAUUUUUACUUGGUCACUCAUAGGACUUAAGGGAUAAUUGUGAAGAAGAUUUAAACUUAAUCUAAAUUGUUUUUAAGGUGACUGUAAGGAUUGCUUUUUCUUGUGAGUGUUCUGUUAGAUACUGGGUAGAUUCACCUACAGUGUUAAAAAAAAAAAACACACUCUCUUGUUGGAUAAACACAGAAUCACAACAGCAUUUUACUGAAUUAAGCAAUUACAAAUAUUUACUUUUUGUAGGUGUCGGCAUUUUCAACCUGGGAAAAAGAGCUGCCAAAAAUUGUAUUUGAUCCUCGAUUUUUACUGCUGACCCAAAAAGAACGGAAGCAGUGUUUUGAAAAAUUUGUGCGCACACGGGCAGAUGAGGAGAGGCAAGAAAGAAAGAAUAAACUGAAGGCCAAAAAAGAUGAGUUUAAGGCUCUGGUAGAAGAAGCUAAAACUGCAGGAAAGUAAGUUUAUUGAUUUCUUUGUUACAAGAUGUAUACUGUGAGUCAUAGCAAAUUUUGAAAAACUUGCCUUCCAGGUCUCUGUCCUCUGACAGAAGACAUACUGUAAAGUGACACUUAUGAAUGCCAGCUUUUUCAAAUUUGCUGUUGUCCUUCAUCUACUUUCAUUUCAUUAGCAUCUUGUUGAUAACCAAUACAUAAACACUGUACAUGAUACAUGUUAUGUUUUCAGAACAUCGUUCAGUGAGUUUGCUAUGAAGUAUGGAAAAGAUGAUCGCUUCAAAGGCAUAGAGAAGAUGAAAGAAAGAGAGACUCUUUUUACAGAGUUUAUGGCUGAGCUGAAAAAGAAGGAAAAAGAAAAUCUGCGAGUCAAGCAAGAUAAGGUUAGUCAGUUGCUCCUUUGGAGACCAGUGAGAGAGAGUUGUUGUGGCAAUUUUAAGUGAGUGAGUCAGGCGGGGUGGAAGGUUACAACAAACGUGUGAAGUCUUGCAGUUUCAAGAAAUUAAACUGUGCAACAUCAAUUGGGAAUGUUGCUUAAGGUUUGGAUUUACAGAGUGGGUGAACAGACAUUUUAGUGAGAUUUAAGAAUGGGUUUGCUUAGAGUGAAGUGUGAAUGUUAUUCACCUGGUAAGACUAGGAGCAGACCCUCUUUUUCGGCAAAGUAUGUUGGAUGAGCCUGAAAAAAAAAACUGGUUGAAAAAAUUGAUGUUGGUACAUAGCCUGGAACCCUGAGUUCUGCACAACAUGCUAACAUUGAUUAACAUAGUUGGGGACUGCUCAUAGUCUGAUAUUUGGUUAGCACAUGUAGUGGCUGAUUUAAAAAUGAAAAUAAUAUGUUUUGAAAAUAGUUGACAGAGUACAGGGUGUUGGAAUUUGUUUAAUUUCUUUCCUGAUGCUGUAAAUCCUUGUGUAGUUGUUACUCUAAUUGGUACAUUGUAGAUGUCACUUCAGGAAAUUGUCUGAAAUUCUUAGAGCUAGCAAGUGAUUCAUUCAGUGAUUAUCAGACCUGCAAACUUUUCCAAAAAGCCUGUGUGGGAAUCAAGUAUUGUGAAGUCUUUGAUUCAGGCAUUUAAUAUGACAUGAGCUUCUCAAAAUGAAUUAUCCCUGCCCUAUUUUUUGAAAGCUGUGUUCAUUCUGCUCAUCACUGUUCCACAUUAGUUUCCAGGUUAUUUUGUGUGGCAUAGAUCCCAAAGCCCCAUGAGAUUAGAAUUCUCCAGCCCCCAUUUAUCUUUCAGCUGUAUGGCAUUUGCAGUUUCAUUUUGCUUGUCAGUAUGUUUUAACCUUGUAUCCGUCCAUCUAAUACAACACAGCACACAGUUGGCAAGGUUGCCUUGGCCUACAGUGAAUUAUGUUGCUUCUUUUUUGAUCCUCUGUCUGUUCAGUGUUAAACCUGCCCCACCAGGUAACUGAGUCAUUUCAUAGCAUUUAUAUCAUUGGUUAAGACUUGCCUGUGUACUUCAAGGAUAACCUCAAAGUAUUUGGGUUUAUCAGGGUAGUACACUUGUAAGAAUGUUAUUGAAGUGUAGUGCGCAAUAAUGUCACAACUUCCAGUGCUGUCAUAGAGCCCAGUCAAUUGGAUACAGUUUUGCUGAAAGUCACAUCUGUAAGCUUGGUUAUAUUCUUAUCACAAGUAUUUCCAGUUCAGAGUGAUAGUUUGACAAAACUAGAUGGACAAGAAUUCUGGUACUGACCAUGAAUUCACUCAAAAAUACACUUUAUUUUGAAGUCAACUGAAUGCAUCAGCUUUCUUGGGAUUAUACGUUAGGGCACCAUUCGAUCAGAUCUUUCAGAUUUUAUUUUUUUAUGUUUUUUUAAUUAUCUGCCUUAAGUAUUGUCUUUGGGGUAGAACAUAUAUGUACCUGUUUGAAAUACAAAUAUUGUAUAGGCACAUACCAGAUAAAACCAAACUUUUCCUCUUUGUACCUUUUCUCCUUUGGGAUGUUUGUAGUGUUUGAAGUAAACAAAGUAAAGUCCCUUCUUUUUCCUGCUUACCCAUCCCAUUUGUGCUUGUAAUUUUAAAACGACAUUUUGGAGAUGAUGCUCUGUAAACCUUUGCCUUGAAAUGAAAAACCACAACAGCAACAGCAUAAUUAUUUCUUAUUUCAGACAUUUCUUUCUCAUCAAGCAGAUUUUCAUUGUAUCAGGGUGGAAUGAAUAUUAAUGAAAUGAUUUGCUUUUAUCAGAUACAGAGAUGUGGGCAUACAUGUUUUAAGAGAUUUUUUUUUGUCCUAGAACACUAGGUACUAUUUAACACACAAAUUCUAAAAAAUGGUACUCUAUGGAAGGUAUCAACUGAAAUGAAAGUAAAAUUGAGAAAGAUUUAGGAAAGGGCCAUUUUGCUGCAUAAUUGAAGUCUCUAUACUUAAACACAGGAUUAAUUCUUUCUUUUACCUGCAUCCAGAAAAUCUUGCCUUUUUAAAAGUUCAUGACUAGGUAAAGUUCACCAUUCAGACACAGAAAAAAAAUAAUAUGUUAAUAUUUUCUUAAAUGUCUGAAGAUAAACAUCGUAAGUAUUCACACACUAUUUGUAGUCUUCAAAAAGAUGAAAGGUCUCAUGGUUUGCAGUACUAUAAACAUUAUGCCUUUUUGUUAUUAUUAAUUUUUUCCUUCUGUUAUUUUGGUUCCUACAGAUUCGUAAUGAUUUUGAGGAACUAUUGGAUGAACAGAAACUAGACAAUAAGGCUCAGUGGCGCAAGGUUCGUCACAAGAUAGAAAAAGACCCUCGCUACAAGGCAGUGGAAAGUUCUUCACAGAAAGAAGAGUGGUUUAAGGAACAUAUUGAACAAAUUUACAAGGUGAUUUGUUAAGGGCCUUUGGCAUGGAAUAGUGCACUAAUCACUCUAAAACAGGCCCCCUCUUUAAGUAUUUUUAAGUAUGCUUUAAGUAUUAAGAAUAAAAUUCAUAUGGUCAACUUAUCAUUUCAGAAAGAAGCCUCUGUAAUCUCAAAUAAACACCAAGAUGUCAUUUAUUAUUGAUCGCUAUUUAGUAUACGCACAUUAAGAUUUACAUUUACAAAUUUUGAUUUGUAGAUCAUUGUCAUAUGUUGUAUGUGCUGGUUUUCUACAGUAGGGUGUUUAUUUUUGUAAGGAAUUUGGGAUAUUUUUCAUCUUUUGGUGGUUCUGGAGGUGUUUGAGAUAAUAAAACUUUAUCAAUCAGAGUGAAAUUGAGGGAAGGGAUUGGAAGGAGUCAGAAAACCUUAAAAUUGUAAUCCAGCACCACAAGUCAAAAGACUACAAACUCAAGUUUUUCAAAGUCUAUAUUUGCCAACCAUUAAUCAUGGCGUGAGUGCCACAAAUGAAAUUUUGGUCGCCAGAGAAAAUAUAGAAAGAACAUUCUGUGCAAUAUUACAUUAUAUUUUAUGCAAAUCCUCAUCCCGCUUCAUACCAUAAAUUUGCAACAUGCUUGCUGAACACAGGUUACCAAAUUGGUCACUUGCUCUGCAAAUUUAGUGACAAUAUUUUUCUGUUUUGCCCUUGCAACUGUAAUAAUUGCAAUCUGGAGCAUUGCAGGCUUCAGAGUGUAAAGAGUGAGUAUCUGGUCAGAGUUGAUACAAACCUAAAACAGAAUCUCCCUCCUCUUCAACCUGCAGAAAGAGAAUGCAGAUAAGGAAAAAGAAAAAGAAAAACAGGAAAGAAUAGAAGCAAGUCUAAGGGAACGAGAACGUGAAGUCAGAGCAAGCCAAGCUGAACUUGCCAAGGCCAGAGAGAAGGAGAAGGAACAACACCUCAGAGACAAAGCUGAACAGCAUUUCAAUGCAUUGUUAGCUGAUAUGGUAAGGAAGAAUGUAAUCUUUUUAGCAAUAAAAGUAAGUGUGGGCUAGCACCUGCAUGUACAGUUACAGCAGCUACGACUAGCUUCUGUAGGUUGAAGUGAGCAGGAAGAUGAUGGGUUGUGAGUACAUUUGAAGUAAUCAAAGAAAGUUGUCAGCUAUUUCAAAGAAAUUGAUGAGCAGUGUCCACAAUAGAGUGAAAUAUUAAACUUAUUAUACACUGGAAAUCAAGAAAACCAUAUGUUCGUCAACAAAUUUUAAAACUCUGAGGUUUCAAGAGGUUUUAAGAGGUUUCAUUAGCUGUUUGCAGAACUGUAAAGCCUAUUUCUUGAAAAAGCAGCUUUUCAACUUUUGCUGCAACUGUCUAUUUAUAUCUCAUUUGACCAACUUUGAAUAAAUAAUCAACUAAUUGUAUCUGGAGUUAUUUCCUUAAUUUGUCAUGUUGCCUGUGCAUGGAGAAAUGCUGAAAGUUUGACAGCAAAUGAAAGGUAACAACCUUCAGUUCUCAGUUGACAGACAAAAAGGAUCAAGAUGUCCAGCACAAAAAAUACUUGUUAUAAAUCAUUUUACUGUCUACAGGUUCGCAAUGCAGAUGUAGGCUGGAAGGAGACAAAAAAGACAUUGCGUAAAGACCAUCGCUGGGGAAUGGCUGAUGCCCUGAGUAAAAAUGACAAAGAAGCACUUUUUAAAAGCCACAUAGAAAGCUUAAACCAUAGAAAAAAGGAGCAGUUUAGAAAACUAUUGGAUGAAACUCAUGAGGUAUGUUAGUUGGAACCUCUUAAUUCCAGUCUGUUCAUUAAAUGUAGAAAGCCAGAUUGGAUUGCAUAAUUGGGAAUUAUAGUAUUUCCUUGAACAAGUACCUGAUUUCAUAUAAUUAUUUUACAAUUCCAGCGAAAAGGAGGGGUGCUUAUUGGAAGGAGGGUGCUUAAUGUGGCAGGGGAGAGGGGAAAUUUAUCAUUCUCCAGUACUGAUUAUGCUGUUGUUGAAGCUUAAUAAGUUAUAACUAAAGUGGCACUAGAAACAGGUUUUAACCCUAAUAUGGAUUAUUUUUUUCACAGUUAACCCUUACUUCAUCAUGGCGAAGUAUUAGAAAACUAAUUAAAGAGGACCCCAGAUAUUCCAAAUUUUCGAGCCAGGACAGAGUAAGUAAACAGAUGAUGAUUAACAAAUGCAUUUGCUUGAAAGAAGCCUGCUUGCAGCUCUACAUGUAUCAUAUUUUGUACUCCACAAUUUUUUUUUGGACAGAAACGUGAAGAAGAGUUUAACCAAUAUCUGCGAGAUAAACUGGCAGAUGCCAAAGGGGACUUUCGGCAAUUACUGAAAGAAACACAUUCGUUAACAUACAAGUAAGAGAAGGCUAACUUUUAUCAUAUUACAACCUAUAUAAUGUGAGUCAGGAAUACUAGAGGUUCCUUGGGCAAUCUGAAGGUCUACAUGUAGUCCUAAAAGGACCAUUGUGGGUAGUAAUGAAAGAUGUUUUGACAACCCAAGUGCAAGUCUUCAUCAGACAGACUCUGUCCCUGACAAUGACUUUUGUGCAGGUGGUUGCAACAUCAGUCAUUGCUACCAACAGCUGUCCUUUGUAGGACUACUCUCAUAUAGGAAAACAGAAUUCCUUACCAACUAUUUCUCCUGGGUGCGAUCUAUUUACUGUAAAACUGGAGCUCUUGUAUAGUGUUAACAAUUGGAAACUUCAGUGAUGUAGCCCAAGGUGGACCACAAUGUGACAUGUGUGUUCCUUUUCCAUUCAUUGUUUGUUUAGUUUCUUUCAGUGCCUCCCCACUUCUUUUGCUUCCUUCUUGAUAAUGUGCUGCUCUGACUCACACUAAUGUGACAAGUGUACUGAAACAUUUUCAGUGUUGUCAGCCUUCUGCAACCCUAAGGCUCUUCUCAAAAAGCACUGAAUUGAGCAGACUUAGCUAGCAUAUUUUCAUGGGAGAAUGCCCUGGAGUGAGGUCGAGCACUGUUUUUUUUUUAUUUCUCCAGAACAAAGAAACAAAUUGAUGAAUCUCGUAAACAUCUAAAAGAUAUCGAAGAAACUCUUAAGGUGAGUGCUCUUCAUCCAUUCAAAUUCAAAAGGAUACCUUUUAAUUUUGACACAGUAUAACCUUUUCUAAACCUGCCAUUGUAAGUAGGUGGCCUUUGUAGGUUUGUUGAGAGUCGAAUAAGAACAAAACAUGAGGGUUUGUUUAUUAUUGGAAAAAAAGUUGUGAAAGAAUACCAUGUAGUUUGCACUAAUCUAUGAUUUAAGUUUUUAAGUUUUUACGGAGAGGUCAGGAUAGGAUUGUGAGAACAGCUAUAAUCAAUUUGUAUGAAAAUGGAAGAUUGAGAGUCUUAGAUUAUGAAAGUUUAGUACAAUCACACCACUUAUCAUGGUUAAAAAGGUUGUACGGUGGUGAGGAAGCUGGUUGGAAGUGUUACCUCAAUCAUUUGCUAAAACCUUAUAGAGGAUCCUCUCUCCUUUAUAGUGAUUAUGGCCCUCAAGGCUCAUAAGUUCUUAGGCUUUCUAAAGGGGGAAAUUAACUUAGAUGUAUUUAUUGUUAAAUUGCUUGAAAAGUUGCUAUUAAUUCAAUAUGAAUAGUAAUCAUGGUUUUGCUUAACAGAGAUUUUAGUUACUCAACUUAUGUCAGAAGUGUGGUACAGUCAUGACUGUCACUGAAGUCUCAAUUAUAAACUUUGCAACAUCAUUAUUAAUCUUCACAUGGUUUGAUAAUAACUGUAGUUUGUUCUCAAAGAGAGAAUAUUACCUUCGAUCAAUUGUUAUUUCUCCUCCUUGUCUGACAUUGCAGAAAGACAAAAGAUACUUGAUACUGGAAUGUGUUCCAGAAGAACGAAACAGAUUGCUCAACAGUUACAUUGAUGAGCUGUUCAGGACUGGACCACCCCCUCCUCCAACAGCUUCAGCACCAUCAAACAGAUCCAAAAUGCAUUGAUGAAGAGCACAAGAAUUGCACAAUGAAAACUGACUUUUACUCUCUUUGAAGUAAAUGAUAUUGACCUGAAUUUCAUCACAAAAUACCCUUGAUACUUUUAUUCAGUAAAUACAUGAAACUCUUUGAAAUUUGAUUUAUCCUAUGGUCCUUGAAAUUCUGUUUUGAAAUCUCUAUUAACUGGUUUAUGGCCUUUUUUUUUAAUGUUGAUGAGAAAAGAUUUGACAGAGAUUGUCUUUGGCCACAGUGCAGGCAUCUCAUAAAAUUAGGGUGAGUUUAUAUUACAAGCUGGGGAUUGUUUAUUCAACCCAUCAUGUUAGAUUUAGAGAGGGGGAUUGACCCCACCCCAUCCUCUCCUUCUUUUUGAGUAUCCCUCACCCCUUUGGUACAAAUUUCUUCCUCUUUCUAUUCUUCCCCUUCUAUAAAAAUCACAGAUGGCAGCUAUAAUUUUCACCAAGAAAAUACUCAGUGGUUGCUUGCCAAUCAACAAUCAGAUCUUGGGAGUUACAGGGUUAAGACAGCUUUUGGUUUUAAUCUUGUUUUGAAACUGAGUUACCUUUGAAAGAGAAAUGGUUUAAAGACAGUUUAGAGGUACCUCUCUUUUGAUUGAUUUUCAAGUUUUAUUUUUAGACUGAAAGCUUGAAAUUUAUCUGGGAUUGGAGAGAAAUGUUUAGCAUUGCUAUUUUUACAAGUUGUGCCUUCCUUUUUGCUCUUUGCCCAUAACAUUGUAAAUUUUGCAUUCAUCUUGGAAAAUCAUAUAAAAUGGUGCAGUCAGUUAUAAAAUACAUUUCUUUAGGCAGCAUUUCUACCAAAUUUUCUUGAGAAAAAAAAAGGAAGCAAGAAAGAUUAAGCUCUUUUUUUGUCUUAUAUGCUCAUAUCUUGGCCAUGAAGGUGAGAAAAAUUAAGCUAUGACUAAUGUUUGCUGCUAAAAAAUAUUAUGCUGUAGUAUUGUCAUUUUUUUCUUCAUUAUUUAUAUGAUCCUUAGGAGUGCAUUUUGAACCUCAGUAUUUUAGGCUGAGAGCUUCAAUUUUGGUACUUACUCAUUGUUCUUUUAUUUUAACUCAUUAACCCCCCAGACGUGAUUAACAUGUAACUUCACCAUAUAAUAUAAAUACAUUAUCCAACAAACAGGUGAUAAGAAUACUCAAACUUAUCAGGUAGAAGUUAUCUUAAUCUAACAAUAAUUUCUCCUAAUUGAUUUGAGAGGAAAUGUGUAAAAGCUAGUGUGGAGAAUUAACAAGCAGAUCGUUGGAGUCAAUUAUUGAUGUGUUCUAAGCUUAGGUCUUGCUUCUUAGUGUAUGCAAGAUUCUGUUAUCCUUUCACCAUUUCCAUUCUAUCUAGUAGUGUUUUUAAAAAUCUUCACCCUUUCAUGUAGAUUAUGAUAAUAAAAAAAAAGUUGUACCUUACAAUAAAAGUUUUUGGAAAAAGUAAUUGUUUUGUUUCCUUUUUUGGUCUUAAAUCAUUCAAAAUGUACUUGCUGCCAAGUAAUGUAAUUUAUCAGCUUCUCAGUCACUUCUAGCCAUGUUAUGAGAAAACCUCUUUAACCUUUCAUCAUGUUAAUGUGCUUUAUUACAAGGAAGUGUCUUUGUCAUGAGUUUAGGGUCCAAAUAAUUUGUUCACAGUUCAGAACUGUCUUCCCAAAACAGC